UCAAGAGAAUUGGAUUCUGGGCCCAGCAGCCCCGGGUCUCGAUCGCUUUUGGAGCGUCUGACAGGCUAACCUGUGAAAUUACCGUGUUUUUCAUUUGGUUCUCUAUUUCUUAAUGUUCUUAAAACGUCUAAUCAUUUCCACCUCUUACCCGUUCUAGAAAUGACCCUGGUUUCUUGACGCCUCUUACUGGUCUGUUUCUUAAUGGAGCCCAGGAAAAUGGGAAGGACUAAAAAAGGGCUCAUUUUCCAACGACUCGGUGUAACCAGAUUGUUUCCCUUUUUGUGAGGAGAUGGGUCUGAAAUAAACGACCCUUUAAGUUCUAAUAGUCUUUUGUCCGUGUGUGGGCCAGUUCCAGAAGGACGUUAAAGAGACUGAAGUGAGAACAGCAGAGUGACAGACUCCACGUGAAUGAGCCACGAAGACUUAUCUUGCUUAUAACUCUUUAGCUUCCACUUCUUUUUUCGGUCAGGCGGCAUCGCGGACACCUAUGCUCCGCGGUGAUUGGCCUGCGGCUGGGUCCUCGCGUUUGUCCAAUAUGGCGGCGCCCAGUGGCGGUGUGAACUGUGAGGAGUUCGCCGAAUUCCAGGAAUUACUCAAGGUGAUGAGGACAAUUGAUGACAGAAUAGUACAUGAAUUAAACACUACGGUUCCAACAGCUUCCUUUGCAGGGAAAAUUGAUGCCAGCCAAACCUGUAAACAGCUUUAUGAAUCUUUGAUGGCUGCUCAUGCCAGUAGGGAUAGAGUCAUAAAAACUUGUAUAGCCCAGACCUCAGCAGUAGUAAACAACCUCCGAGAAGAAAGAGAAAAGAAUUUGGAUGAUUUAACGUUAUUAAAGCAACUUAGAAAAGAGCAGACAAAGUUGAAAUGGAUGCAGUCAGAACUGAAUGUUGAAGAAGUGGUGAAUGACAGGAGUUGGAAGGUGUUUAAUGAACGCUGCCGAAUUCAUUUCAAGCCUCCAAAGACUGAAUAAAGAGAGAUACUGUUUUAAAGGACCGGGUCUCAUCUCACCAGAGCUAAGCAUGACACACAUCUCCGGGAUGAUAUCUGAGCCAGCAGUCCCAGACCUUGUGUGGAUUUCAGCCCACUUAGCCAGGACCUCAUGUCUAAGUAAUCUGAUAAUUAUGAAAUAAUCAAACUGCUAUUUUAUACUGAUUCUGUAAAAACCAUUUUAUAACUAUUAAAGUAAUUUUCUGACUCA